CCCAUUCUCCCCUUGAAAGCCACUCGAAUCCAUUCGCUAUGGUUCGCUACACAAGUUCAGCAGCUCUCUUCCUUCUCUCGCUUUAUUCGCCUCUGCAAGUGUCAGCUCAGUCGCUAGCAUCCGCCGUCUCAUCAAGGCCAGAGCUCUCAACCUUCCUCACCGUCGUCUCGUCAUUUCCCGACCUCGUCGAAUCUGUAUCUUCGUCUGGCGGAACAAUCCUCGCCCCGUCCAACAAUGCCUUCUCUUCAUUCCUCGAAGCCGCCAACCUCGGUCCCGAAGGGUUGGCUGCCGUUCCGGAGUCUACCGUUCGUAGUCUACUCACCUACCACGUCUUGCCCGAGACGUUGAGGAGCACAGACUUGGUCGUUCGAGGAGGUGCCGUCGCUGAGACAGCCUUGUCUGAUAACGAAGAGUUUGCCAACCUCGAUGGCGAUCCUAACGUCGUCUUCGCCAGUGCCUUUGGAAGUGCUGGUUUGGAUGAGGGCAAUGUUGGAACCUUGAGGAUCUACUCUGGCGCUGGCAACCCUGCCAAUGUUAGCAGCGCUGAUAUCGAGUUCGAUAACGGCGUGAUCCAUGUCAUUGAAUCGGUUUUGAACCUCCCUCAAACUCCUUCCAAGACUGCUGAAGCUGCUGCCCUUUCCGUCCUCAUUUCUGCUCUCGAGAGCACCAACCUCACCUCGACCGUCGACUCCACUCCCAAGCUCACAAUCCUCGCUCCCACCGACGACGCGUUCGCUGCCUUGGGUAUCGACCUUUCCUCCCUUUCCACCGAUGAACUCGCCGAAAUCCUCAAAUAUCACGUCAUCGUCGGUGCUGUCGGUUACUCGACUGUUUUGGAAGAUGGUGAGGAGUACGAGACGCUUUCAGGCGAGACUGUGACGGUUAGGAAGCAGGACGGCCAAGUCUGGGUGAACGAUGUUGCUGUUGCCCAGGCCAAUGUUAUCUUGAGCAAUGGUGUCGCUCACGUUUUGAGUGGGGUCCUCGUCCCUCCCACUGAUGGUUCUCCCAAUGGAUCUAGCUCGACUUCCCGGCCAGCUAGCAGUCGUACUGCCACUGCAUCCAAUUCCAACCCCACUGGUGACGCUGAUGAAUCGGAAGAAGAGGAUUCUUCCGCUGCUACCGUGUCGAUGGGAGCUCAGGUUGUUGUUGCUGUUGUGACCGUUUUGGGUUUUCUCGCUGCUUGA